UUUGAAAAUACAUGAAAUAUAACAACUUGACAAAAUGCCAGGUACAUCGCAAAUAAACAAUGGAAAAUAAAACCUAUUUUCGUCUCUUUAAAUCGUUCUCCAUGGAUAGAAGAUCUUCCUCGAUCGUCAAGAACAAUGCAGUUGACCAGAAGUAUUCCUGUAUGUAUGUUGAUCUUGUUUUGCCUAGCAAUCACAUUCACACCGUCUACAUCUCAGUCAACCACCACAAACACAACCGCAGGUGAUGGUGCCACCAUCACAAAAGCCGUCAACUUAACCAAACCCGGCUGCCAAAGCCAAUGUGGAAACAUAACCAUUCCAUAUCCCUUUGGUAUCGGUCCAGGCUGCUUUCUGAGCCGCUGGUUCGAAUUAACCUGCAACACUACUUUUAAUCCUCCCAAACCCUUCAUCGGUGGUCUACCAAUUCUAGAUAUCUCCGACUCUACUUUCCGAAUCGCUAACAAAGUGGCAAGCAGGUGUUAUGAUCAAUUUGGAAGCGUCGCCAAUGAUGAACCCAUCUCCACAAGUCUAGGCUUGACAUCACCCUUUACGUUUUCCCAACGAAAUCAAUUCACUUUAAUCGGAUGCGACGACAUGGCCUUGUUUCUCGGCCCUCAACAAAUAAACUUCACCAACGGCUGCCUCGCUCUGUGUACACAACCUGAGGAAGUCUUGAACGGGUCAUGUGCUGGUGUAGGGUGCUGUCAGGUUUCGAUACCGAAGGGAAUGAAGUAUUACUACAUUUCCCUUGGUAGUGUAGCCUCGAACCACACGAAUAUAUGGUCUUUUAAUCCUUGUGCUUUCUCAUUUAUGAGCGAACAAGAACGGUUUACAUUUGGUGGGGUGUCAGAUUUAAUGGACCCCAAUUUCAAAACCAGGACGAAGGCUAGUGUUCCGAUAUUGGUUGAUUGGGUGAUCGGAAACUUGAGCUGCAAUACAAACGCCGGUGUCUUGACUUGCCCAGUAAACACUCAUUGUAUCGAUUCUGAUACAGGAGUUCCAGGAUACAGAUGUAUUUGCGAUGAAGGUUAUCAGGGUUGGCCAUAUCUUGAUCCAGGUUGCCAAGAUAUCAACGAAUGUGAAGAUCCCAACAUAAAUCUGUGCGAGGGGAUCUGUACCAACACUCCUGGAGGUUACUCUUGUUCUUGUAAAGAUGGCUAUGUCGGAGAUGGAUUUAGCAAUGGUCGAGGUUGCGUUGCAGAAAAUUCAGAUGCUGAAAAUUCAGAGUUCCCGGUUAUCAAAUUCUCUUUAGGUAUGGGAUUUGGUUUCUUGGCCAUUUUAGUUGGAACAACAUGGCUGUAUUUUGGUGUCAAGAAGAGGAACCUUAUCAAACUCCGGAAGAAAUUGUUUCAGCAAAACGGUGGUUUACUACUGAAACAACGAAUCAUGAGCAGCGAAGGCAGCGUUGACUCAACAAAAGUCUUCACCGCAGAAGACUUAGAAAAAGCCACCAACAACUACGCUGAAGACAGGAUUUUGGGUCGUGGUGGCUAUGGAAUUGUAUACAAAGGCAUUUUUAGCAACAACUUGGUGGUUGCUAUCAAGAAGUCUCGUGUAAUGGACGAGACCCAAAUCGAACAGUUCAUCAAUGAAGUCGUUAUCUUAACACAAGUUAACCAUCGAAACGUGGUCAAGCUCUUGGGUUGUUGUUUAGAGAGCGAGGUCCCAUUGCUAGUUUAUGAAUAUGUUUCAAAUGGAACUCUCUUCAAUCAUAUUCAUGACAAAGGUACAAAUUGGUUAUCACUGGAGAAUCGUUUAAGAGUAGCUGCAGAAUCCGCAGGUGCACUUUCGUAUCUUCAUUCAGCCACAUCAACCCCUGUGAUCCAUAGAGACGUGAAGUCCGCAAAUAUAUUAUUAGACGAUAAUUACACCACAAAAAUCGCCGAUUUUGGAGCGUCAAGAUUAGUCCCGAUAGAUCAAACACAAGUAACCACACUAGUUCAAGGGACUUUAGGGUAUUUAGACCCCGAAUACUUCCACACAAGUCAGUUAACCGAAAAGAGCGAUGUUUAUAGCUUUGGAGUUGUAUUGGCUGAGAUUUUAACAGGGAGAAAACCGUUGUGUAUGGAAAGAACCGAGGAAGAAAGGAAUUUGGCGAGGUAUUUUGUAAUGGCACUUGAAGAAAACCGUUUGUUUAAAAUUCUUGACCCUAGAGUUGUAAGGGAAGGAACCCUAGACCAACUUCAGGAGAUUGGUGAGCUUGUGAAAAGAUGUGUUAAUCUUAGUAGCGAUGAGCGGCCUACGAUGAAAGAAGUGGCGAUUCAACUUGAGGGUUUGCGGAAGUUUACUCAACAUCCAUGGGCGAACGCAAAUCGACAUGGCGCUGAAAAUGUAAAUUUUUUAAAUAAUGAGAACGAGCAAGACGAUAUUUAUGGUGAGUCGGUUACUUUGUAUUCUAAUAAGAGUGAACUCUCUUCGAGGUUUAGUAUUGAUAGUAGUUUUGUAUAUUCAAUGAACAACCCCAAAUCAUAAAUUAUUCAAUAUAGUCAACUCUUUCAAGCUCAUUGAAUUGAUUUGUUUCUAAUAAGGUGGUUGCUUUCAUGACCGAUUUUCAAGCAAAACAUGGGUAGAUUUUAGAAAUUAGACAACAUUUGAUGUUUGUUUUGUAGCGUA